UCUGCAAAGCAUGAUGCAGGGCUGCCUGUUGGACUUACGCGCACAGGUGGAGAAAGUAAGCCCAGUGAACCUUCGAAAUAUACCAAGUUGGAUGGAGCAAGAUAUUAAAGAAGAUCGUCUUCGCGCAUUGAAUAUUCUCUGAUUAGACUAAGUACUGACUGAAGCUUUGCAUACCUUGCUGUCAGAACCACCAAAAUGCCGUUCGUCAAGCAAGUCAAGACUGGCGCCUACUUUAGCCGCUACCAGGUCAAGUACCGCCGCAGGCGUGAGGGCAGGACUGACUACCAGGCGCGCCGCGCUCUGGUUGCGCAGGCCAAGAACAAGUACAACGCACCCAAGUACCGUCUGGUCGUUCGCUUCUCCAACCGCUACAUUACCGUCCAGAUCAUUCACGCUAAGAUCCAGGGCGACUUUGUCCUCACCCAGGCCACUUCGCGCGAGCUUCCGCGUUUCGGCAUCAACCAUGGUCUUUCGAACUGGACUGCCGCAUAUGCCACUGGCCUCCUUUGCGCCAGGCGUGCCCUGAACAUCCUCGGUCUUGCUGACAAGUACGAGGGUGUCACCGAGCCGGAUGGAGAAAUCAAGGAGCAGGAGGCUCUCGAGGGCGAGGAUGAGCCACGGCCAUUCAAGUGCUUCCUUGACGUCGGUCUUAAGCGCACUUCAACCGGUUCGCGUGUCUUCGCCGCCAUGAAGGGUGCCUCGGACGGCGGUAUCUUCAUCCCGCACUCGGAGAAGCGUUUCCCUGGCUACGACGCAGAGGCCAAGGAGCUCGAUGUCGACGUUUUGCGCAACUACAUCUUUGGCGGCCACGUUGCUGAAUUCAUGGAGUCGCUCGAGGAGGAGGAUGACGAGCGCUUCAAGAAGCACUUUGCUCGCUACCUCGCUGACGACAUCAGCAGCGACCAGAUCGAGGAGAUGUACGAGAAUGCUUACGAGAAGAUCCGUGAGGACCCAUCAUUCCAGCCCUCGGAGAAGGACGCCGCACGCUGGGCAUCCGAGAGCAAGAAGUACCGCUUCAACAAGCUUACUUACGAACAGCGCAAAGCCAAGAUCGCGGAGAAGAUCCAGGCUUUCCAGGGCGCCUCCGCCUGAGCGCAUCCUUCCCCUUUUGCUCCUUCCCCCACCAUCUUCACAGCCACCUCAUGCAGCGGCUGCACUUGUACACAAGCAUGCAUUCAAAAUCGAUUAUGGCAUUUUAGGUGUAUCUUUG